AUCUUCCUCCAGAAAAGGUAAAAAGAGCAAUAAAAAAUAGUUGCAGAGAAGCAUUUGCUGAAUCAAUUGUUGCAGAAAAUGGGAGAUAAUCUAUUCGAAGGCUUACCACCCCCGUCUAAUCAACAACUAGUAGCUGCAAAAAAUAAUACUUCAAGUAUCUCAGCACAAUCUUCACAACCGCCACCGCCACCGCCGGCACCACCAGCUCCGGUUCUAGUUUUGAAAAGUGCCCUUAAGCGACCUAAGCCAAUUGAUUCUAACCCAGCACCUCAAGAGACUGCGCCUGAAGAUACUGUGGCGCCAGGGAAACGAUUGAGGUUUAAAACCACGACAGAUGCAUCAGAAAAGCAACUGAUUGAAGCGAUGGAAAAGAUAGCGUCCCAUAUCAAGAAUCCUUCAAAGUUUGCCAAGGCUUCUAAGCUUGCCAUUCAGCUAAUUCAGGCCGGAAGUGUAAAGCCGGAAACUAGUGACCAUUUCUUUGCUAUUCUUGAGGCUGCAAUGUCAUCGGAAACUUCUUGUACGGAUCCUUCAGUGCGAGCAGACUAUCAUGCCUUGUUCUCAGCGGCACAGGAUGCUGCUGAUUGUCUCAAUAAGAAGCAGAAGCAUCAAUUAGCUAUAUGGAGAAUGAGGGCCGUGGUGGCAAAUGACCUAUUCACCGAUGACAGCUUUGUGUUUUCAAAAUCAGCUGCGCAAGUAAAAGAGGCCAUUACUAAUCUACCAGUUGCGACCGAGGAUGAUGACAUUGAAGAAGCAGAAGCCCUACAAGAAGAAACAGAAACUAAUGACAAGGACAGUAAAAAUAAACAUGAUCCAUCUUCAGGUGACUCGGCUGAAGAAAAUCUAAAGAGUGAGUCAGAUCCAUUCGGGCUCGAUGCUCUUUUGUGCACAACAAAGAAGGAAGACCGGGCAAAGGGAAAGAAAGGUUCAUUGAGUAAGACGGGGAAGGAGGAUGAAGAAGAGAAUAAGAGAUUCCUCAAAGGUCAUAGAGAAUCCUUGAUAACUUGUCUUGAGAUCGCUGCACGUCGUUACAAACUUGCAUGGUGCCAAACAGGGAUUGACAUCUUGGUUAAGCAUGCGUUUGAUAAUGUUGGAAGGUUCACGUCUCGACAAAGGGAUGCUAUCGGGAAACUUUGGGCGUCUAUACGGGAACAGCAAACUCGUAGAAGGCAAGGGAAAUCAGUAAAUGGGAAACUUGAUGUGACUGCUUUUGAACAUCUUCAAGAAAAAUAUUCAACUGAAAAAAUCAGCAUUCGACAUUCUGUUGGUGGCAGUGGGGAUCGUAAAGCUCAACAGUGGCUUGGUUAAUACCUUGUGUUUACAUUGUUAUGAUGGUACUUUAACACAGAAAACAAAUUGAAAUUCUUGAGUAAAUUUCUGGUUAUUAUAAUGUAACAAUCAUACCUGUAAACUGUUGAUACAUUCUGCUUGUAUCCAUGUGAGUACAGCAGGAUCAAUUAGACUAAUUUUUAUUCA